UUGAAUUGCGAAAAAAAACCCUAGCGGGGUUUUAGCAGUGACCGGACCGGAGAUUGAUUUGGCGCUUAAGAUUCAAACAAUGCUGUGAAUUUGAUAUGCUUGCGGAAGUCAGAGAGAUGGAAAAGUCAUUGGUGUCGCUUGACAAAGGAGCUACCUGCUCGGCGUGGAACUACUGUGGCCAGAGAUUAGCCACUGGCUCCAUUGACGGAACCUUAGCUGUCUUCGAAUCGACUGACCCUUCUUCUUCUUCAUUCACAUGUACCUCGAGAACCAAGAUUCACGAUGGCAGUGGUGUUACAAAAUUAGUUUGGGUUCCUCCGGAAUAUGGUGAUGCAGUAGCUUGUAUAUUAGCAGAUGGAUCUUUGUCAUUGUGGGAAGAGGUUUCAGAAGAGUCAGGACCUCUUGAGUGGAAGCUCUGCAAAACUUUUCAGGGAGGCUCUAACCGAGUGCUAGAUGUCCAAUUUGGAGGUUCAGCUAAAAGUUUGAAGUUGGUUGCUGCAUAUUCUGAUGGCUAUGUGAAAAUAUAUGAGCUCUUGGACCUACUAGACCUGAGGAAAUGGCAACUUCAGGCUGAAUAUCAGAAUGUCAUUGGGACAGUUUCAAAAAUUGGAAGUUGUACAUGCUUGUCUGCAUCUAUUUCCUGGAAAGUCCAAAUAGGUGAAUGCCGGCAAGAAAGUUUUGUUAUUGCUUACAAUACGGAUAUAAGCCAACUUAAUUCUGCCAAGGUGUGGGAGUUUGAUCAAGAUCAUCAAAGAUGGGUUCCAGUUGCAGAGUUAGCAUUACCAGAGGAUAAAAGUAAUCCUGUUUAUUCUGUUGCAUGGGCACCUAAUGUUGGCAGGCCAUAUGAACAGAUAGCUGUAGCAACUCAGAAGGGAAUCUCAAUAUGGAAUUUGGGACUGAAUCCCGAGAUGGACGGAAGGCUUGGUGUGGAGAAGGUCGCAUCACUCUCUGGUCAUAACGGUUUGGUUUGGCAGAUGGAAUGGGAUAUGAGUGGAAUGACACUGGCAUCAACUGGGAGCGAUGGGGCGGUUAGGUUGUGGCAAUCCAACCUUAAUGGCAUUUGGCGUGAACAGGCUAUUCUUGAGCCAACCGCCACUUAAAUACGAUCUUAGUAGAAACCUUGUUCUUGUUUGAUUUUGGAUGAUGAGAUGAGUUAAAAUCAUUAAUGUUUGUUUGUUUGUUAUUUAUCCAAUCUUAUGUAACUUCUUCCUUCAUCUUGGAAAUUGUAUUUGCUAGCCA